UUCAUCACAAUGUGAGAAAGCACUUUGAAAUCUAAUAAUGGGGGAGGAACCCGACAAAUUUGGGUUGUCAAUGAUGUUCAACGCACGUUGCUAGGAAACGCGACUGUAAAAAUUGGUCAUUACCAUGUUUACGGGUAUUUAUAGAGCACACGAGUGAUGAAAUAGCAAAGGCUUGGCUGAGUUAGCGUCGAUCGGAACAAGCUCUCUGAUUUUGCUCCAUUCCAAUCCAUUUUUCGUAAAAUAUUCAAAGAAUAAAACAUGAGUUCAGCAACGGCUUCAGAUUCAUUAAAGCCCAGAGAUGUGUGCAUUGUUGGUGUUGCACGUACGCCUAUUGGGGGCUUGAGCGGCUCUCUGUCAACCCUAUCUGCAACCAAAUUGGGAUCAAUAGCCAUUGAGGCUGCUCUUAAGAGAUCAGGUGUUGAACCUGGAAUGGUCCAAGAAGUGUUUUUUGGAAAUGUUUUGAGUGCCAACCUGGGUCAAGCCCCUGCUCGACAGGCAGCACUAGGUGCAGGAAUACCUAAUUCUGUGAUAUGCACUACAAUCAACAAAGUUUGUGCAUCAGGAAUGAAGGCAACAAUGUUUGCUGCUCAGAGUAUCCAGCUAGGAAACAAUGAUAUUGUUGUGUCUGGAGGCAUGGAAAGCAUGUCAAAUGCCCCUUAUUAUCUCCCUGAUGCCAGAAAGGGUUAUCGACUUGGGCAUGGGAGUCUUGUUGAUGGAAUGUUAAAGGAUGGACUCUGGGAUGUCUACAAUGAUUUUGGCAUGGGGGUAUGUGCAGAGUUGUGUGCAGAUAACCAUACCUUAUCAAGAGAAGACCAGGAUAACUAUUCAAUUCAGAGCUUUGAGCGUGGAAUUUCUGCCCAGAAUGGUGGUGCUUUUGAAUGGGAAAUUGUGCCGGUUGAGGUGUCAGGAGGAAGGGGAAAGCCAUCUACGAUUGUUGACAAAGAUGAAGGCUUAGGGAAGUUUGAUCCAGCGAAGCUAAGAAAACUAAGACCAGUUUUUAAAGACGCUGGAAGUGUGACUGCUGGCAAUGCUUCAACUAUUAGUGAUGGAGCAGCUGCUCUGGUUUUAGUGAGCGGAGAGAAAGCACUGGAGCUGGGUUUACAAGUUAUUGCAAAGAUAGUAGGCUAUGCUGAUGCUGCGCAGGCCCCUGAACUAUUCACAACCGCACCAGCUCUGGCCAUCCCAAAAGCUAUUUCAAAGGCAGGCCUGGAGGCUUCAGUGAUAGACUUUUAUGAGAUAAAUGAAGCAUUCUCUGUUGUAGCUCUUGCCAAUCAGAAGAUACUUAACCUCAAGCCAGAAACUGUAAAUGUACAUGGAGGAGCUGUAUCUCUGGGACAUCCACUUGGGUGCAGUGGUGCUCGCAUUCUAGUUACACUUUUAGGGGUAUUGAAGCAAAGAAAGGGGAAAUAUGGAGUUGCAGGAGUCUGCAAUGGUGGUGGUGGGGCAUCUGCAGUGGUUAUAGAGUUCAUUGAAAACCCUAAAGAUGGGCGAUGCUUAUUAUGAGGACACAUACUGUAGGGAGAUAUGAGUUAGAAAACAUCAUUUAAAGGAACUUCUUGUUAGCGUAUCAGCCAGUUUAGAGAAUGAAAAUAAUCACCUUCUCUCUGACUAUCAGCUCUUGCUGUAGUCAUUUUCAUAAUUAUGUGGCACCUGAAAGGAGGCAACUUUGUUUACGAGCCCAGGAAUGUUUCCCAGAUUUGAGUAAUUUGUUAGUGUAUUUGAGCUAACUAGUUGAAAUAAAAAAUUCUGCAUUGAAAGUCAAUUUCAUUGCACAGCGUUGAGUUCAGUAAAUUGGGAUCAUUUUCACGUACUUGUACGUUGUGAGGAUAAUGUAUUGAAUCAUCUUUGCAUUGAUUGCAGUCAAGUCAUGGAAUUUAAUAAUAAUCUGGCAGGAUGUUAUUACUA